AUGAGGCUGAUCUCCAAAAGAAGAAUUAGGUUCCUUGUGUUCGUUUUGUUUGGUGUUCUCACCGUAUUUAUAGUAUCGAGAUGUGUCGUCCACUUCCAGUACAAUGAGGAAAUAAAGUACUAUAAAAAGUAUUUUCAACAGAAAAAGGAUGGACUUCACAUUUACAAUCCAUUAGAGAUUAAGCAGAUUCCUGUCGGAACAAUAGAUGAGCUAUAUGCAGCCCGUUUGGAUGGAGAGCUGAAGAGUAAUCGAGUAAUUGAAUGGUCAAAGUUUGCCUACGUGAACUAUGUAACGGAUGCAGACUAUCUGUGUAAUACCUUGAUCAUUUUUAAUGAUUUGAAACAGGAGUUUGGAACAAAGGCUAAAUUGGUCCUUCUGAUAUCCCAAGAUCUAGUAGAAUCAAGCACUUCUUCAAAAAUAGAUGAUGUCAACUUACUUCUUCGCAAGAUACAAGCUAUAGAUGAGAAUCAGGUUAUUAUCAAAUAUAUAGACAAUAUUGUCAAGCCAAAGGAUACUACGCCUUGGAACGAAAGCUUAACGAAAUUACUGGUAUUUAACCAAACAGAAUUUGAUCGUAUUAUUUACUUCGAUAACGAUGCAAAUUUAAGAUCUGAUUUAGACGAGUUAUUCUUUUUGCCUGAUCACAUCAAAUUUGCAGCACCACUAACAUAUUGGUCUUUAUCUAAUGAUGAUUUAAAAAAAUCGUACCAUGAAACCCAACAUCGUGAAAAGCAACCUAUCAAUCUUGAAUCGUAUACUAAAGUGCUUACCAAAAGAAUUCGUAAGGGUCAGAUGAUUUAUAACCAUUUACCAAGCUUGCCACAUUCGUUAUAUCUAAAUUCGAAUAACAUAGCCCAAGAUAUUAUGAGUUCUACAUCAUCUCUUUCACCGCUAUUUAAUUUUCAGAGUAGCAAAAAGGUUGGUAAGUUAAAAUUUGCCUCCAAUUUAAUGGUUAUCAGUCCCUCAAAGGAAGUAUUUGAUAAAAUUAUGAAGGUUACGCUGCCCAAAGUGUUAAAUAAGAAGGAGAAAUACGAUAUGGAUUUGAUCAAUGAAGAGAUGUACAACUUGAAAAGGAUUAUUUAUGAACAAUUCAUUUUUUUCAGGAAAGUCAAGAACCUUUUUAAACCAGAGGUAUUAGUUCUGCCGUUUGCAAGGUAUGGCUUACUAACAGGCUCAUUGAAAAACCCACAACAUUAUCCUAUGAUUUAUAAUGAUAUUUUAGGUUAUAAGACAUUGGAUGAUGAUGGAAAUGAUAUCCUUGGUUCAUUAAAUGACACCGUUGCAAAAUCCAAGUAUAUUCAUUUUUCAGAUUACCCAUUAGGUAAGCCUUGGUAUUAUACUUCGAUGGAUAGAUUCAAAUGUGCUGCAAAAGAAGAAAAAGCUGAGGAUGCAGAAUCAAAAAAUGAAGCUUGCAAUAUUUGGAGCUCAGUGUACUUUUCCUACAAGAAAUCCAGUGAAAUUUGCUCGGUUUAA